UGUUGCUGCUCGAUGUCAGAGCAAUGUAUAUCUUGAUUAUGAAGGUUUCACAUAAAAGUGGAAGAACUCACUCUCACACAAUUAAAAGUCACCAUAACGUCGGGGGGCUUCCCAAGAACAUGAAACUGAAGCUCAUCGAGCCUCUUAAACUUCUGUUUAAGGAUGAGGUUCGUGAACUGGGAAAAAUCAUGGGGGUUCCAGAGGGCUUCUUGAAGCGCCAUCCCUUCCCUGGCCCUGGCCUUGCAGUUCGUGUGCCUGGUGAUGUUACGUUGGGAAACCAUUUGGACAUUCUCCGUAAGGCGGAUGAGAUUUUCAUUAAUCAAUCAAUCAAAGAUGCUGGGAUUUAUGAUUCCAUAUGGCAAGCCUUUGCUGUUUUCUUGCCCGUACUAACUGUUGGUGUGCAAGGAGAUCAAAGAACGUAUAGUUAUGCCAUUGCGCUGAGAGCCGUCACCAGUCAUGAUGGAAUGACUGCAGAUUGGUAUGACUUUGAUCACAAGUUUCUUGUUGAUCUAUCCACAAAGAUUUGCAACGAAGUUGCUGGUGUAAAUCGAGUUCUUAUGGACAUUACUUCGAAGCCUCCAUCGACUAUUGAAUCGGAAUGAAUGAUCAAAUCGAAAUCUUCCAAUUUUUUGUUGUUACCUGCAACUCAGUAGUGUUAGAACUUAGAAGUGUAAUACACGGUUUUACCUUUGAAUUUCGAUGAUGAAGAUGUUGGUGAUUGAAU